ACAAUGCUCUUCGGCACGGGUUGUCGUGUGCGCGCUGUUGGUGGUGCUGAAGCUGCGCGUGCCUCUGAGGUUGCUACCAUAGAAAUCCACCCGAGCAUCCAUCCGGACCACAACGGGGAAUCCGUUUUCUUCAUCGACGGUCAAAAAAAACUGCCAGCUGCGAGAUGUCAGGAUGUUGGUACCAGCUGUUUUAGCCCAACUCAACUGAAAAAAAAACAUUGAACUUAUUUUAUAUUACGGAUUUUCUUUCAGACACAAUCUAACAAAAGCUGCCGCCGCGUUUUGCCGCUCCGCGUCCUUUAUGCACAGCACGCUGCUCCGGACCUCCCCGACAAAACGCACCUUCGUGUCCGAGCACCAUGGCCCGUUGCCGGCGCUUUCGCUGAAAAACAUGGAAGCCAAACAACACCCGAUAAAGAGCCUCAAAAGCUACCCGGAAACAGGCGGCCGGAGCCUGGCAGCGGCACCCGGAGGAGACGGAGGAGGAGGAGGAGGCGGCUACCGAGCCGGCUCGGCUGAAAUGGACAUGGAGGCGAAGAUCCAGAAAGCCAUCGACUUCAAGGUGGAGGGUCACCGCUGCUACAAGGAGAAGAAAUUUCGGGAGGCGAUCGGCAAGUACCACCGGGCGCUGCUGCAACUCAAAGGGGUGCACGUCAUCGACGGGACGGCGGGCUCCGAGGUCAACCUGCUGAGCCAAGCCGGGACCAAGAUGACCGAGGACCAGCGGAGAGCCGUGGAAAGAACCGAGAUCGAGUGCUACGACAGCCUGACAGCGUGUCUGUUGCAGUCGGAGCUUGUUAACUAUGAGAGGGUGAAGGAGUACUGCCUGAAGGUGCUGAGCCACCAGAGAGACCACUUCAAGGCCAUGUACCGAGCCGGCAUCGCCUUCUAUCACCUGGGGGACUACGAGUGUGCCCUCCGCUACCUGCGCGACGCCAAGAACCGCGAACCCUCAGACACCAACGUGCUGCGCUACAUUCAGCUGACUGAGAUGAAGAUGAGCAAGAGUUGUCAGCGGGAGCGAGAGAGCAGCAAAGAGACGCAUGGCUAACCCCCGACCUUUACGGCCUCCUGACCCCUCGACCUUUGACCCUCCCAUCGACCCUCCCUUCCCUCGUCCGCUAUCGACUCCGGACAGCAGCACAGACGGAAGAGACGGACCCGAAAACAGACAGCCGGCGAUGGAUUAAAAAACCGGGAGACAUAUCAAGCUCUGACUGCGACCCAACCUCCUUUCCCUUCCCUCUUCUUCUCCACUCUUCCCUCCCUCAGGUCGUGUGGCUCCUCCCCCUAGACGCAGACGGUUGAGCAAACUUAGAAAAAAAAAAAAAAAAAAUUGAAACGCUGUAAUAUACUCGUGCGAAACAGUCAUUGUGGUGGAAGUGGAAAAAGGACCAUUCAAAAUUGACACAUGAAUAAGAGACAUUUCCGUAAUUUAGUCAUUGUUUUUAAGAAGAAAAAAAAAGCAUUUUGUUUCUGCUCUCUUGCUCUUUUUCUCUCUGCCUUCUCUCCAUCUUAUUUCAAACUCUUGAGGAGAAUUCCUAGCGCCGCGAAGCUCGACCCCUUGAGGGGGGGCGGGGGGGGGCGGGGGUGUACGUGCUUGAACAUAAGUGGAGGACAGUGAAGGGGGUGGGUGGGUGUGUGUGUGUGUGCGUGCGUGUGUGCGACACAUAUCAAGACCAUAGCCUCAUCUGAUUGUACAUCCUCCCCCACUAUAGGGCUUACUCAGGCCGCGGACUACGGGACGGACGAGCACGAGAAACCUUUUCAUCAAGUAGAGGAAACGCCUGCCUCUGUGCAUAAUCUAUCGCUCUACUGUCUCCCUUUCUCUCUCCCAUAAACCAUGUAACUUGUCAAUUCAAGGGCUAUUUCACGUGUUUGUAAACUGUUACUAGGUUGUUGUUGUUUUUUUUAUUUGCUUUCGUUGUUCUUCAUGCUCGGUAGUUAUUAGUGGUCGAAAGCAUCUCUGUGUACCGCGGGUCUCGCUGUCAUCAGAUGUACUAUCGUAGAAACUGCUGUAUCUUGAAUCUCUUGUCAUGUGUCGCCGUCUAGAAUGUGGAAGCCACUCGCACCCCCCCCCCCCCCUCCCGCCCUGCUCUUUACUCCCGUUAACGAUGUCACAACGGAAAUAAGCCAAUGGGAUCCGAGUUCCAUCAGCUGUCGUUGGCUAUGAGGAAAUCCACUUUAAAGUUUCACAGCGAGAAACACUUUACAAUUUCUUCUAAACAGAGGUCCGACCUUUCAUCGCUAGUCCUGAAGCUUCCCAGACAUUGACAAGUCACCUGGGAGGCAACGUCAGUGCAGGGGAAAAUCAAAUCGCCUUCUUGGAGCACUCAGCUUUAGUGCGCUUCAACAAGAGUGAGCCAUUUUGCCAGCUUUCACAUUAGACAACACGACCAAUGAUAUGGUUUGUGGAUAUCCAUGGCUGGCUGUAAAAACAUACUUUAUCUGCUUCUUCUGUGACCUGUGAAGACGAAUCGCUGAUCAUGCAAAUGUUGCUCUCACGGUAGCUUUGCCCGCAGGCUUAAAUCUGCCUGUGCUGUUCUGCAUAUGGUUUGGAUUGAAGAUUCUUGAAAGCAUGACCUGAAUUUCCCUUCUCCAUGAAACCCAGUUUCCUCCUCCUCGUUUGCAAGUCCACCUCCUGCAUGUAAAGUGCGGUUCCAGAGAGUUGAUUUCAAAUGUAUGGGACUGGGAUUAUACCUGCUCGAUUGCUUCCAUGGCAUGCGGCCACACUGCUCUCUCUCUCAUACCUCUAUUUCAACCAUUCUGCCCUUUAAGAAACACAGAAGGUGGCAACAGGCUGUGACCCGCGCAGUAGAAUAGGGGGUCACCUUCUGCCUCAGCCAAGGUGAGAGAUGAGACGCAAUCAAACCGCGUAGGAUGUUCAAAAAGAUGUGGCAGAAGAAACCAGAGAAAUAUCCUGUACAAGAUGUAUCCUCCCAAUGUGUUCAGUUACCUGUUAGGAGGUCAAUAGGGACUUAAGUGUGUCAAUGGGACUGUUGAAAGUGUUGAGGGGACCGGUAUGACACAGAAGGGCUCCAGUGGAGGGCGAAGUAGGCCAUCACCAUCCUCAUCGUCCUCAUCGUCCUCAUCGUCCUCGGUGAAGCAGCUGCAGAUCCAAGUCACUCCGGCAGCAGGGAAACCGCAUUACAAGCAGACAACGUUUAGAGGGUCAUGCAUCAUACCGUAAACAGAGAUUUAACGCCCAGCAAGGCUUUUUCUCAGCAGACACGUGGACUUGUCAAAGCAGGAAAAGCACAGAUUUGUUUGUUGCCAAAUUAAGAUUUAAAAUGUUCCUUCAGAUUGAGCUGAACGACUUGAGGUGUCCUCUUAGCUUAAUUAGCCGUGCAGUGUAAAUUAUAUGAGAUAUAUUUAAAUAUAAAUAUAGAAUACAUAUAAAGUUUGACAUUUUGGGAAAUGUGCGGAUAUGAAGCCACCAACAGCAGCAGGUUAGCUUAGCACACAGCUCACCAAAUAAUUGGAUUGAUUCCCCAAGUGUCAGAGCACUCCUUCAUAUCAUCUUACUGCUGAAUUAAAUUAAUUCAUUGUCCCUCAUUUCUCCUGGUGGAAAGCACAGCAUUAUUCUAAAGGAAAUUACUUGUAAUGCUCACAAGUAUCGAGUGGAAAAACACUUCGUGGCCCAGCUUCAGGGGGUUCGACGCUUUAGUGUCCCAGAGGAAAUAACGCAGCAAACAACAGCGACGAAAUGGCCCCUGCAGGCUGCGUCUCCGUGGCUGCCUGGUCUAAGUCUGCUUACUCAGGGGCCCUUCAGGGACAGGUCUCCUCCCAUGGUCCUCUCUCCAUGGCACCAGUCCGCCAUCUUGUUAUUGUCGUUCUCGCUCGAGGUGUAACGCAGCCGUCGAGGCACAACUCGCUUCGCACACAACAACAACAACAACAACGUUCGUUUCUGACUGAUCCGUUUUGGUUUUUAUUGGCAGAGCCCACAGUGGAGCCGUUAUCGUGAGCGUAAUCUGUGCAAAUAGAGCUAGACACACAAUUAGUGUAGCUUGGAAAAGAAACAACAAAAAGCACAACAACAACGACGGAAUAGUCAAACUGGCUGUUAUUUUUGCUUUUUUGCUUUGAUGUCAUUUAAGGUAACUGUUUGUCAAAUGUCAGAGUACUUUUUGUGAAUAUAUGAUACAAAUGUACAAAAAAAAUUACAAAAAAUGGAAAGUUUUAUGGUUGUAAAGAGCUUUACUUUACGGAAUGACUUUAUCAGCGUAAAAGAAAAGCAAGAGAUAGAAAAGAUAAUUUAUAACUCGGCCCCCGAGUUGCUUUGUGAGUCUGUACAUGUUGGUAUUUCUGUUGAUGUUUUCGUCGAGGGAUCCAGAACCAUUUACCUUUGACCCGGCUCCUCUGUUUCUGCACAGCAAGACGAACAGUAACUCGGAGCAGCAGUUGGAUCUGAGCUGCUCCUUCAAAGCCCCUUAGCUCCAUCCGGGUUGGUUCUGCGACCGAUGGAGGGGAAACAGAAGGACAUGAAGCUGGAGACGUCAAAGCUAGGACUUUGUUUUUGUUCCGCCUCGCUCCCAGGAGGCCUUUUCCCAUUCAACAUUCAAACAUCGCGGGCCUCCAUCACUGGUUUUACUGGUCUGCUAGCCUGGUAAUGCACUAUUGACUAGUAAAUGAAGAUUAUGAAUAAAGUUUAAAACAAAGAGGA